GAUAUGUGUUCUGUCUCAUGUUUGUUUAUUCACUUGAUUGACUGCUUUCAAAUGUGUCAUUUUUAAAAUGCAUCAUUUAUCAUUCCAUUGAAUUAUUCAGAUCACUAAUCACUUUUGUCUUAUCAUUUCGACAGGCUUUUGCAAAAUGUUAUGGAAGAACUGGACGACCAUCUCCGAGUUCAUCAUUGUGGGUUUCCCUGGGCUCCACUCGGACUAUUAUGGCCUCGUUUCUGCCAUUUUUUUCCUCGUCUACAUCAUCACACUGACUGGAAACACGCUCUUUCUGGUGCUCUUUGUUACCUCCGAAAGCCUCAGAAAGCCCAUGUACAUCAUCCUCGCGAGCCUGGCGCUGUGUGAUAUGUGUUUCUCCACGGUUGCUUUACCUAAGAUCAUAGCGAAGUACUGGUUCGAUGCCGGAGCGUCCCCUUUUCACGCUUGCUUCCUCCAAAUGCAGCUGAUCCACUAUUUUGGGACAAUAAACUCGCUGAUAUUGAUGAUCAUGGCCCUUGAUCGCUAUGUGGCUAUAUGUUACUCUCUGCGAUACCAGACCAUCAUGACAAACCGGUUAACGUACAUCUUCAACAUCACAGCCUGGCUGGCUGCCUUAAUCGCCCCCACUGUAGCCACCCUACACGCCCAACAGCUUCCUUACUGUGGUCCAAAACUGAUCAUUCAAUGCUACUGUGACCACAUCUCUAUUUCAAACCUGGCUUGUGGUGAUAACAGCCAGCAGAAGCUGGUCGCUCUGUGUGUAGCUCUGUUCGUCCUCCUUGUUCCUCUAGCAUUCAUCAUUUACUCUUAUUGUCACAUCAUAGCAUCUGUGAUGAAGCUUGCAAACGCUCACAGCCGCUGGAAGACCUUUGCGACCUGCAGCACGCAGCUGUGCAUCAUCGCCCUGUUUUACGUGCCUCGCUGCGUCGUGUACAUCGCAAGCGUCCUGCAAUUCAAAAUCGGCACAGAUUUUAGAAUACUUCUCAUACUGCUCUAUAGCCUCGUUCCUCCACUGAUAAAUCCAUUUAUUUACUGUUUACGCACGCAGGGGAUCCGAAAGAUUGUUAUUAGGUGGAUAAACAAGCAAAGAGUGAUUCAAGAGACAGCCAGAAUUAAUGUCAUUGCAAUGUGA